UUCUCGGAAUUGUUGUUUUCCAUUUCACUACAAAGGAAAGUCAUCACGCCCGAAUAUCGGUGACUUGUUUUGUGUGUAACGUAAUGUGAUUGCUCUUAACGAGCGCGCGCCUAUGUCCGACACGCAGGCAGCGGGCCAGGAGGCCAUGUCCGACCGCCGACCGUUCUUCUAUCCAGAUAGUAGUAGUGAUACGGAGGAAUACAGACGUGACGAGGAUAGACGCAAGAGGCUCUCGAAGAGGAACGGCCCGAUGAGGACGCGGAUACCUUCGUCGACCAUGCCGCCGAAGAACCAGGCGCCCAACACUCCUACUCCGUCAACAUCUACAGCACAGGAUGCUCCGAGGAAUGGGAAGGCUGUAAACCAAAUCGAGGAUAGAAUCACCCUGGUGGUUGACAAUACGAGGUUCGUGGUGGACCCUGCGCAGUUUACGGCGCAUCCCAACACUAUGUUAGGAAGGAUGUUCAGUUCAGGGUUAGACUUCACUCAUACGAAUGAGCGCGGCGAGUACGAGGUGGCAGAGGGCAUAUCAGCCACGGUGUUCCGCGCCAUUCUGGAGUAUUACCGCGGGGGCAGCAUCAGGUGUCCCCCCACGGUCUCCGUGCAGGAGCUGCGGGAGGCCUGCGACUAUCUCCUGGUGCCGUUUGAUGCUAACACUGUGAGAUGUCAGAAUCUUCGUGGUCUUCUCCACGAGUUAUCCAACGAGGGUGCUAGGAGACAGUUCGAGAGCUUUCUAGAACGUCUGAUCCUGCCCCUCAUGGUGGUGUCAGCGGAGAGAGGGGACCGAGAGUGCCAUGUUGUGGUGUUGUUGGAUGACGACGCGGUGGAGUGGGACGAACAGUACCCACCACAGAUGGGGGACGAGUAUAGUCAAACAGUCCUGUCCACACCAUUGUAUAGAUUCUUCAAAUAUAUUGAGAAUAGAGACGUGGCAAAACAAGUGAUGAAGGAGCGGGGCCUCAAGAAAAUCCGGCUCGGCGUGGAGGGUUACCCGACUUACAAGGAGAAAGUGCGCAAACGCCCUGGGGGUCGAGCAGAGGUCAUCUACAACUACGUCCAACGCCCAUUCAUCCACAUGUCCUGGGAGAAGGAGGAGGCGAAGAGUCGGCACGUGGAUUUCCAGUGCUUCAAGUCCAAGUCUGUCACGAACUUGGCCGAGGCGACAGCUGAUCCGGCUAUAGAGCUCGAACCCAACCGAGUGAGAGACGUGAACAGAGAGGCCGUCGAGCCAGAGGUCCAAGAACCUCCGUUGGAAGUGCAGGAGGAGGAGAGAGGGGAGUGAUUGAGGGUCGGCUCGUGUGUAGCGAGCAAGGUUCUCAUGGCAAUGUUCUGUAUUGUGUGAGUGAGACGGACUACUGUUGUAGAGUCGAUAGUUGACCUUGAAAAUCAUCUAUACAAUCGAUAAUAUCGAUUCUUGCAAUAGUCAGAACUCAGAAGCAAGAAUGGCCCCGAUUCCUGCAGACACCUAAUUUUAUUUAUUUCUUUAAAAGGAAAGGGACGGAUGAUUGUCAAGAAGUUAAUUUUAAAACGUUAAUUUUAAAACCUGCAUUAUCUAAGCGAAUAAAAUAGGCAUCUCUCGACGUGCUGUCUACUUAACUCUGUCGGGUUAUUGGCCGAUGUAAAAUUUUUAGACGGUUGUUUUAGAUUACUGCUUAAAAUUGACGUGUAUUCCAUAAAUUUAUGCCUGUCGAUUACUCGUCCCUUUCUUUUUCAACGGACGAGAAAGUGACAGUGACAAAAUAAAAUUAGAUGGUGUCUGCAGGAAUUAGCACUAUUAAGUUAUUUAUUUAUUUUAUUUGGGACAGCAACAGUCAUAUAAUUGUACAAUGUUUGGUUUCAUUUACAAUAAAUAAAUAAUAAGCCUUGCUUCCGAAACAUUAUCAGGUUAGUUCCAGUUCACUUUAUAUUAAAUCUCUUAUUUCGGAGUGCCUCAUGGCAAAGGCCUCCUCCAAUCCUUUCCAAUGCUGGCGAUCACGCGCCGCUCUUGUCCAGAAAGGGCCCGCAGUCAUCUUGAUGUCAUCGUCCCAUCUUUUCGGUUUACCCCUUUUUCUGGCACCGUCUCUUGGGUACCACUGGGUAAUUGUCUGGCUCCACUUCUCCACUUUGGAUCUUAGCAUAUGUCCAGUCCAUCUCCAUUUCUGCUGGUCUAUUCUAGUUAGAACGUCCUAAUUUUAUCAUUUUGUAUCUUGUCUUUGAGUUUUAGACCAAGCAUGCUUCUUACCAUCCAUUUCAUUUACAAUAGGCGUUCACUAUAUCCCAACAGGGGAUAAAAGGAUUAGAAAAAGAAGAUAUACCGCUGUGUACGAAUGUAUAGCUAAACAAGCCCCAAAUUUUCGCCGCAUUUUUGUUUCAAACGCUGUAUCUAUGGUAAUGGUAAAUCAAUGAUCGAUAGUUUUAAAUUAAUACUAUCGAUUUGUGUCUGACUAUUGCAAGGACUAUCGGUUUUAUCCAUAUUCUGCCAAUACUAUUCUUUUUUUUAAAUAUCGAUGGUUUAUCGAGGGUGGCAACACUAAAACGGACUGUGAAAUAUCUGUGUGGUGCUUGUGGUCCAAGGACGGUGUGACUGUGAAAUUAAGAUGUCGCUUUGAAGUUCCUGAUACCCAGGUUUGAUUGUUUCAAUAUCCACCACUGCUAAAAAGGUACAUGAAAUAAGUUAUAAGCACCUAAUCUAAUUUUUUUUGUAAAAAAAGACAGCAAAAAUUGUAAUGAGAUUUGACCCCCACAUAUGGGGGUGUUUUCUCGAUGAAAUUACUCGUAGAAUCCACCCUUUAAGUUUGUCAGGUCCGAAAAACUAUACACUGUGUAGAUGGCGCUGUAUAACACUGCUUUCGUUUUAUCUUCUAAUUUCAUGGAUGAAAGACAUAUUAUGCUUCUUUUAUCUUUGUUGUUGGGUGUAAAUGAUGACCCUUUGUUAUGACAUGUCAUUGUUAUUUUACAGAGCAACACGGACCUCCACUGUAUGUCGAUAUAUGGACGCUGUGAACUCUGAAAUAAAUCGAGCCAGGUUAGAGUUAACAUCUUAGAAUUCGGGUGUAAUACAUCAACCUUCUCCAUUUAGUAAAGUUAGACGGAACUUCUAAGUUAUUAUUAACGUCUCGUCACACUCCCGGCGUGACGGACUAAUAGUGUGACGACUCCCACUUUUCAGCACAUUGUAACGUUUACGUCGCGCUUACGCCUCGUCACGCCAGCAAUGUGGCGAGAGGUUUAUUAUACUGUUGCCAAAUAAUCGAUUAUUUACCUCUAAAUAUUGAUAUGUCUUUCGAUAGUAUUGCACAAUUUGCUAAUACAAGUUAAAUUAUUGUGUACGUUUAAGGUGUUACCACAACGCAGGACGAUCGAUGUCGGAAUCUGUUGUCGACGAGAUUUGAUUCUACAUUUUUAACAUUAUAGCAAAUCAUUAAAAGUCUUUAAACGAUUUAGUAAACAUUUUACCCAACCAAGGUUCGAACCCGAGACACAGUCUGGUUUGAUGGUCAAGGUGACUUAUCACGCCACAAAGGUCGUUUAUAACCUAUAACUAUAAUGUAAAAAAAAAGCUAAAUCAGUCGCGUGUGUACACCUUUACGAACCCUGUGCAACAACUAGAUUACUCGUUAGUAUGUAACCCCCUUUUAAGCUCUCGACACACAGCGGGUGAGACGGGGCGCUUACGCGACGUUUGUAGUUUUAAUCAAUUUGUCAGAUAAUGCACCAAACCACCACCACCGAAUUCAACUUUAUGAGUUUGAAUUCAUGUUUGGAUCAUGGAUAAUUGAUAUCACGUGGUUUCCAAAAUUUCUGGCUCGUCCCCUAUUACAAGGGACUUAAACAUAGCCGUAGGAGCGGGUGUACUAUACACUCUAUACUCACUAUAUACUCUGCGUACCUUCAGGAAUACACACGUGAUGCUUUGUUAUGUAUGUGUUGUGAGAGAAAGACGUGGCUUCACGUUCAGUGGGGCAAACGCCCACAGUGUGACAUCUCGUUUACAUAUCCGUAUAUUACAACAAGUAUCGCGCUGAAGUCGCGACGCCCCGUCACACGAACUGUGUGACGAAAGGUAUCUAGUUAUUACGCGCUGGUUAUUAUGUGGGCCACAUAAUUUGCAUGUAGCUAUACUGUAAUACUUGUUGUUAUCUUUAUAAGCACAAACUAUAAUCAGACUUUGAUAUAAUACACCUAAUGUGAUUCUUAAUCAUCUAAAUAUAGUCGAUUCUGAGAUAGGCAUUUUAUUUAAAAAAAAAUCUUGUAUUAUGGAUUUGCGCCCGGUUAAUGGUAAUAGGCUUGCCAACUAUUACAUGGGACGUAAACAUACCUGGUGAGGAGUGGGUAUAUACAGUGUGUUAGUGACAUCGUAACGAAAACUUUUAGGGAUGAUUCAGACGAUUCUGAGUUAAUAUACAGUGGAAUUUUCCGUCGCAAAAGUAUGAGACUGAAAAUAAUAAAAAAAAACACAAAUUUUCAAGAAUUUUCCAGUCGGAAAUCAUCCCGUCUGAAUCAUCCCCCUCAGUAUUCGUUACCAUGUCACUAACACCUGUAUACUAUACAAGUAUACACCUUUGCCUACCGCUUCGGGGAUAUUUAAUAGGCGUGCUAUGUUGUGUUAUUAUGUUCUGAAAUAUCAAAAAAAAAUAAUAAUAAUGAACUGCGCUAAUCAUCAGUUGAUGUUUAAAGUCCAUUUGGCUCCAAAGAAGUUGCACGUUGAAAUUUGUAUUGAAUUUAAAAUUCUGUCGAAUAACAUUGUAAUAUUUUUUCUUGUCUUGGCCUACUGUAGCAAUCACCUUUAAUAUUCCAGCCUUUCCGAUGUGUUCCAUUUAAUAUUAAUAAAAUAAUAAUAUAAAUAUAAUAGGAUAAUGAACAAGAUAUAGAUUUCCCGCGCAAUUCAUGUGCUUGAUUUUUUUCUAAUGGCAACACUCAAUUUUCCCCCAUUAGGAUUUAAUAAACAAGAUAUUUCAUAGAUUUCCCGCGCACUUUCUCAAGUUUCGAGUGCUUAAUUUUUUUCUAAUGGCAACACUCAAUUUUCCCCCAUUAGGAUUUAAUAAACAAGAUAUUUCAUAGAUUUCCCGCGCACUUUCUCAAGUUUCGAGUGCUUGAUUUUUUUCUAAUGGCAACACUCAAUUUUCCCCCAUUAGGAUUUAAUAAACAAGAUAUUUCAUAGAUUUCCCGCGCACUUUCUCAAGUUUCGAGUGCUUGUUUUUUUUCUAAUGGCUACACUCAACUUUUCCCCCCAAUAUUUUUAGCGCCACUAAAAGACUAUGUACCUCUUAAAACGCACAUUACCAGUAAACUAAUGUUUUUUUGCUGGAAAAAAUGUGUUUUGCCUUCAAUCAAUAAUAUUUGAGGGUUUAGUGUUAAUUAAUUAUUACAAAAUUAAUGAAGGAUUAAUUGUAAAUCUUAUAAGUUGUGCUUAUUUUAGCAAUUAGAUACAAAAUAUAUCGAUUCAGGUAACAAAUCAAUUUACUUUUAAUAGCGUGCUAAAAUAUUAACAAGAUUGGAUAGUACUUCGAACACCGUAUGUCAAAUUCAUUACAUAUCCGAAAAACUUUUGACUUUUAUCCAGCUAGAAUUUAUGUAUGUGGCCAAUUUACGUAAGUUUUAACUGGAUAUAUGCAAAAAGACUAAAUAUUCUAGAAUAUUUUUGCGUUUACAGUAACGCAAUUGACUUCCGGUGUUCGAAGAUCGACCCGUUAGCGAAACGGGUAUUUUGGCACCAGUUACCCGUAGCAUAGAACCCGCGCACACGCGAACUGGCUGAGUCGCGGGAAUAAAGGUAUUAAUCAUCUCCCUAGUUAGUUAUCCCGUUGUUCACAGGGUCCGCUUACCUAACCUUGAAGAUUUGAAAGGUCCGGUUUUUACAAAAGCAGGAAAAAAGUUAUUAAACUAUGAAAUAAAAAGUAAAUUGUUACCUGGUUCGGUUUCGUCCAUUUUAGAUAGUUUUUUUUUUAAAUAAAUAUACAAUACUGAACUGUACUUUUUUCAAAUGACAGAUUGUUUUUUUAAUGUUCGUAAAUGUAGCAAUAAAAAAUCUACUAGACGGAUUUUGAUGAGGCUAAGGCAUAAACUUAAAUACAGAAGUAACCUUGCUUGUAUUAAAUAACUAUAAUUUAGUUAAUUAAAGACUAUUUUGUAGCUUUGAGCGAUGAAUACUUUGUAUCGAAUGUAUUCGAAUGUUAUAAUGUUUUUUUUAUAUAAAUACGAUACAUAUCA